ACAAAGCAUAGCCAUUAGAUUGACGAAAUAAACGAUUACUCAUCUUUAAUUAAUUAAACACCCUUUUCUUUCUCUCUUCAUAACCUUUUUUCUUUCUUCUCUCUAUUUUCCCAGAAAAAAUAAAAUAAAAUUGAAAAAAAAAAGGUGAAUUAAUGCACACAAAAUAUUUCAGUGCAUGAGAAUUCAGAAGAUUCUGAAUUUUUCAUGAUCAACCAAUACUCUAACAAUUUAUAAAUUUAUUAUUACAAAAUGAGUUAUCACUAAGAGAGAGAUUAUUUUGAUUAUUAUUAUUAUUAUUGUUGUUUUUUUAAUUUUCCAUUACAUCUUUUUUAUAUACAUAUGUAUAUAAAAAUGUCUAACAACAACAAUAAGAUGAAGGGCUUGUUGAAAGGCUUAAGAUACAUCUCUCAAAUAUUUGAUAAUGAAAAAGAACCAGAAAUGCAGAUAGGUUUUCCAACUGAUGUGAAGCAUGUGGCCCAUAUAGGCUGGGAUGGUCCCUCUGUAAAUUCUCCCAGCUGGAUGAACGAGUUCAAAUCACCCACUGCUUUCGCCAACGGACCAUUAAGUCUCACCAGCGGCGAAGAUCCUAAUCGGAGAACUACACGUCUACCAAAUUCUCCGGCUAGAGACUUACCUGAAUUGCCAAAAUCAUCAAGAUCGCGUCAUACAUCCACGGCGACAGCGGCUGGAAUCGGCGCCGACUCUCCGACGAGAGAAAAAACGGAGAAGACGAAGCACAGAAGAUCUUCAAAAAAUACAACGGAUAGUCCGAGACGAUCCUCUGAUUCGAGUUUAGCGAUUGAUUCUCCGGUGAGAAACUCGCCCGAUAUUCCCAAAAAAACUCGCCGGAAGAAAUCUAAAGAAUCUAAUCCCGGCGUCGGUGGAGUAAGUGGAUCGUCGAGGUUAAGAUCAUCAAAAACACGUGCUAAUAAUAAUGAUAAUGCGGAUCAAUUCAUGUCUGCUUUUUCGGAUCCGGGUCCCGGGUCGGGUUCGGUAUCCGUACCCGAUUUAAUAUCCAAAGCUAAGGAGAAAAGUGAUCGUAAUAAUCGACAAAAGCCAAAAUGUCAUGAAUCGGAAGAUAUUAAAGGGUUAAUUACAUGAGUAAAAACACUCUUUUACUCUCUCUUUCUCUUGAAAUAUAUUUUGUGUGUUUUUUAAUUGGUAGAUUUUAGAAAUUUCAUUUUGUAAAAAAAAAAAGUGAAGAAGAUGAAGAGAAUGGUUUCUUUGAUUAAUAAUAAUCAAAGUCUUGUAUUGUUAACAUUUUUUUACUUUCUAAUUUUUUUUUCUUAAUCUUAUGGUAGAAUAUGUGGAGAUUCAAAUUUUAUGUUUACCAACAAUGAAUAUAAACAAGAAUUACUAUGUAUGUUGUUGGAGACCAUAAA